CCGUGCGUGCCGCCGUAGCUCGAGUGUUUGGCUCAGAGGCCGCAGGUUUCCGCUGUCAUCCUACACACAGUCACUACCUGCUGUCCAUCCUCACCGCAGAAUCCCGUUUGGCUGAAUAAACGCUUAAACUACUACUACCACCCCACACCGUACCGUGCUUAUUGGCAACAACCGACGCCAAAACACAGAAAUCAUGCCCGAAAGAAGGCCCUUCGUGCGGUUACCCACUGACGUUACCCCCGUCAACUAUGGCUUGUGUUUGAAGCCUGAUCUCAUUGACUUCACGUUUGAGGGGAAACUGGAGGCGCUGGUGGAGGUGACACAAUCGACCAAUCAGAUUGUGAUGAACUGCGCCGACAUUGACAUCAUCACAGCCUCAUUCUGUCCACAGGGAGCAGAAGAAAUUAACGCCACAGGUUUUAACUAUCAAAAUGAAGAUGAGAAAGUCACGCUGUCAUUUCCCAGUGCGCUACAGAAAGGGUCCGGUAUGUUGAAGAUAGACUUUGUGGGAGAACUCAAUGACAAAAUGAAAGGAUUCUACAGAAGUAAAUACACAACAGCAGCUGGAGAGGUCCGCUAUGCUGCUGUCACACAGUUUGAGGCCACAGAUGCACGCAGAGCUUUCCCGUGUUGGGACGAACCUGCCAUCAAAGCCACCUUCGACAUCAGCCUGAUCGUCCCCAAGGAUCGUGUCGCCUUGUCAAAUAUGAAUGUGAUCGAUCGAAAGCCAUAUCCAGAAGACGAGAACCUGGUGGAGGUGAAGUUUGCCACAACCCCUAUCAUGUCCACUUAUCUGGUCGCAUUCGUCAUCGGAGAGUACGACUUUGUGGAGAGCCAGUCCUCUGAUGGAAUCACAGUCCGGGUCUACACUCCUGUGGGGAAGGCCGAGCAGGGCAAGUUUGCACUGGAGGUUGCUACGAAGACACUACCUUUCUACAAAGACUAUUUCAAUGUUCCUUAUCCAUUGCCUAAGAUUGAUCUCAUAGCUAUUGCUGAUUUUGCUGCUGGUGCCAUGGAAAACUGGGGCCUUGUAACAUACAGAGAAACGGCGCUACUAAUCGACCCUAAAAACUCCUGUUCCUCGUCCCGCCAGUGGGUGGCACUGGUAGUGGGGCAUGAACUGGCUCAUCAGUGGUUUGGAAACCUAGUCACAAUGGAAUGGUGGACCCAUCUGUGGCUCAAUGAGGGUUUUGCGUCAUGGAUUGAGUACCUGUGUGUGGACCACUGCUUCCCUGAGUAUGACAUCUGGACUCAGUUUGUGUCGGCCGACUACACCAGAGCUCUCGACCUGGAUGCCCUGGACAGCAGCCACCCCAUAGAGGUGAACGUGGGUCACCCUUCUGAAGUGGAUGAGAUUUUCGACGCCAUCUCGUACAGCAAAGGAGCCUCUGUGAUCCGAAUGCUGCACAACUACAUUGGAGACGAGGAUUUUAGGAAAGGAAUGAAUGCAUAUCUGGUGAAGUUUCAACACAAAAAUGCAGCAACAGAGGAUCUAUGGGAGUGUCUGGAGCAGGCCAGUGGCAAACCCAUUGCUGCGGUGAUGAGCUCUUGGACCAAACAGAUGGGGUUUCCGAUCAUCGUAGUCGACCAGGAACAGCAAGGAGAAGAUCGUGUUUUAAAGAUCUCUCAGAAGAAAUUUUGUGCCAGUGGUCCGCAGAGUGAGGCUGUAGAGGGAGAGUGUCCGAACUGGAUGGUCCCGCUCAGUAUCUGCUCCAGUGAAGACCCCAAAUGCACCAAACUCAAGGUCCUGCUGGACAGACCCGAGACCACCAUCACUGUGAGCGAAGUGGGACCUGACCAGUGGAUCAAGAUAAACCCGGGCACAGUGGGCUUCUACAGGAUCCAGUACAGUUCAACGAUGUUGGAGAGUCUGCUCCCGGGGAUCAGGGACCUGAGUCUGCAGCCUGUGGACCGACUGGGGUUGCAGAAUGAUCUCUUCUCCUUGGCACGUGCAGGGAUGAUCAGCACAGUGGAGGUGUUGAAGCUGAUGGAGGCAUUUGUGAAUGAGCCAAACUACACGGUCUGGAGUGACCUGAGCUGUAACCUGGGCGUGCUCUCCUGUCUGCUCUCCCACACAGACUUCCAUGAGGAGAUCCAGGCCUUCAUCAGGGACCUCUUCACCCCCAUUGGCCAAAAGCUGGGCUGGGAAUGCAAACCUGGGGAAGGUCAUUUGGACGCUCUGUUGCGAGGCCUCGUCCUGGGUAAACUGGGGAAAGCGGGGCAUAAACCCACUUUAGAAGAAGCUCGUCGGAGGUUUAAAGAUCACGUGGAUGGGAAAUUGGUGCUGCCAGCAGACCUCAGGAGCCCGGUGUAUUUAACAGUGUUGAAACAUGGAGACAGUGCCACGUUGGAGACAAUGUUAAAGCUGCACAAACAGGCCGACAUGCAGGAGGAGAAGAACCGCAUUGAAAGAGUUUUAGGAGCCAUCUCAGCCCCAGACCUGAUCCAGAAAGUGCUAACCUUUGCCCUCUCGGAGGACGUGCGCCCCCAGGACACCGUGUCUGUGAUUGGGGGAGUGGCCGGUAGCAGUAAACAGGGACGGAAAGCUGCCUGGAAAUUUGUGAAGGACAACUGGGAAGAACUGUACAACCGCUACCAGGGAGGCUUCCUCAUAUCACGGCUCAUCAAGCUCACAGUUGAUGGGUUCGCAAUUGAUAAAAUGGCUACUGAAGUAAAGAGUUUCUUUGAGUCACACCCUGCUCCUUCGGCCGAGCGUACAGUUGAGCAGUGCUGUGAAAACAUCCUCCUGAACGCUGCGUGGCUCAAACGUGAUGCGGACGACAUCCACCAGUAUCUACUGCAGAGAAAGUCCGCUCCUUCGGAGCAAGAACCCAGGGCCACAGCGCUGCUUUAAGACUGAAACAAGCCAAGAAUCCAAGCGCCGCAAACACAGAGACUACUCUUUUUACAGAAGUGGCAUGACAGUGAACUGGGAAUGUAGUUUGGAAUGCUCCCUUCUGCCCUCUGACAGCAAAAACAACUUCUCUAAUACAACUACUUUGUCUCAUAUGCAUCAUUUCAUAAAUUUACAGUAUUAUAUCCUUAAAUUGGAAGCACCUGGGACAUUAGGACAGCAAUGAGUAAUUCUAAUCAUUGUAACUAAUUGUCCAAUGAUGUAAUCCUCAGCUAAUUAACCAACAGCCUUAUCACUAUCUCAACUAUAAAUGUAGGCCUUGUGCUAGAAAAUGUUUUAUCGAAAUGAUGGUGCCGUUAUAAUAUCGCAAAUCAUUGCGCCGUUAGUCAAAAUGGCACAAAGAAUGUACAUGAUUUUGAUGAAAAAAUAUGUUGAUAUUCUCUACCACGUGGUCAUCAAUCUAUAUAUUUUUACCUUAAUCUGGUUAUUAAAUUAAUUAAAAACAUAAGGCACAUUAAAUAAUAUAAGUAUUCAAUAGAAAUAAUAGUCUGACUAAUUGAAAUUGUCCACGACUAAUAAUCCUUAGCAGUCCUACUAUACAGCUCACGUUUGUCCAUUGGAAGUAAUUUAUCUCUUUCCCAAGCUUCUACCAAAUUGAAGUUGUGAGAGGUGAACUCUAUCUCAGCUACUUAAAAAACUUUACUUCAUUUUAUAACCACUAAUUUAUUGAUUUUUGCCUUAGCUUUCAUCCACUUCAUUCAUUCAUCUACUCAAUAUAUCUCAGAACUGUGGAUAUUACAAUACAAUCUUUUCAUGAAACACUUUUAUAUCCAGUAUUCCAACAUCUGCUGUGAUUGUGCAGAAUGGGGCCUUAUAUCAAGAACAUAUUUGUGAAUUCUAUAUUGCUAAUAAUCAAACGUUAGCACUUGGACAUAUAUUGCUAAUAAUCUACGGUUAGCACUUGGACGGCGGCGCUAGCAUGGUACUACAAUGAACUGUAAAAUGCAAACUUUUCUUUUUGCGGACAAUGUUCCUUCAAGACUAAAACCAUCAUCUUUCCCAAUUCAUCCACCUGGAAUUGUAUAGUCUGAAUCAGAAAUAUCAGCUUCCCUAAAUGAGAAAUGUUUUUACAAGAAAAAUGCAGUGAUUUAUUUAAACAAAUCCUAUUUACUUGUAAGAAAAACACUACGAAUCUUUUGGGGCCUUAACAUCGGCUACAAACGAGAACUUCAAGCCUUAAAUUGGUCGACUGGUUGUGAUCAUUAUAUUAAAAAAAUGGUGAAUAAAUAAUAAGUUGUAUCUGAUGUGAUGAAAUAUGCAGACUUGUUGAAAAUAUAGUUUAUAAGAUUUUAAAUGUGAGGUUUGAAACUUAAGCCUGACGAUGAGACUUCCCAGAUCAUUUUUUGUCAAUUUGUUUCUUUUUCUUUUGUUUAAACAGUUGGUGUUCAUUAAAGUGAAAAUGAAUUAUAAAA